AUGAGCGGCGACGGAGACAAGCCUUCGCCGGCGCCGGGGAAACUAGGUGACGAGCAAUUAGCAGAGCUCCGGGAGAUUUUCCGAUCAUUUGACCAGAACAAGGAUGGAAGUUUGACGGAGCUCGAGUUAGCAUCGCUUCUCAGAUCUCUCGGUCUAAAGCCGAGUCAAGACCAACUCGACACUCUGAUCCAGAAAGCCGAUCGGAAUAACAACGGGAUGAUCGAGUUCUCCGAGUUCGUCGCCCUCGUCGAGCCAGAUCUGGUCAAGUGUCCUUACACGGACGAGCAGCUUAAAGCCAUCUUCAAAAUGUUCGAUCGCGACGGAAACGGCUACAUAACGGCGGCGGAGCUAGCUCACUCGAUGGCCAAGCUAGGUCACGCGUUGACGGCAGAGGAGUUAACGGGGAUGAUCAAGGAAGCAGAUCGUGACGGUGACGGUUGUAUCGACUUCCAAGAAUUCGUUCAAGCGAUUACUUCAGCAGCGUUUGACAAUGCUUGGGGAUAA